CUUUUUUGUAACAAACACGUGUCAAGUGCUACUUGCAGCUUCUUGUUAUGAGACAAGCGAUACGUUUUCGCCGACGUCAUUCUUCCCCCUUUGACGCCCGUCCUCGCCACCCUUCAGGCGACUUUGUCAUCCUGCUGAACGCCGGCAUGACCAUCCAGCAGGCGCUCUUCUUCAACUUCCUGUCGGCCUGCUGCUGCUACCUGGGGAUGGGCUUCGGCAUUCUGGCCGGAAACAGUUUCUCCCCCAACUGGAUCUUUGCCCUGGCAGGAGGCAUGUUCCUCUACAUCUCUCUGGCGGACAUGUUCCCCGAGAUGAACGAGGUGAGUCGCGAGGAGGAGGACGCCGGCGGCAGCAGCUUCCUGCUGACGUUCGCCAUCCAGAACGCCGGCCUGCUGACGGGCUUCGGCAUCAUGCUGCUGCUCACCACCUACUCCGGACAGAUCCGACUAGCAUAGACGCCGUUUUGUCGGCCGGCAUGCGAGUGACUGCCGACGGCGAGCCUUCGGGAAGUGAGGAGAACAAAAGGCUUCGGUGACUGCGGCAUGCUUCUUUUUUUUGGGGGGGUGGGGGGUGGGGGGGGUCGGCUCCCAAAGCAAGCACACUGUUUCUUGUUUUCAAUGC